AAAAACUUUUCCACAGCAGUUUACAUUCAAAAUCACAAGUGUUAUGAACUAAUAGUAGAUUAGACCGAAAUUUCGGUUGUUUCUGUUACGCAUAGUGUUUUAUUGCUUUCCGAUUAGAACCAUUCUUCAGAACUCUUAGAGAACACCUAGACAGAAUAUGUGCAAUAGAUAAAAUUGGAAAAUUGUAGCGGAUAUCAGAAAACAUAUUUAACAGAUACCAAAAUCAGUUUCGCCUUUUUUAUAAUUAUCAGCAAAAUAUUUAUACGGAAGGGUGUCGGUAAUCAAGGAUUGGAGCUUCAACUUGAUCUUGGAAAAUUCUUUUUACACCAAUCUCUGAUAGGAAAAUGAAGAACCGAAACUUUUUCACGAUCUGGAGCAGGAAUAAGGUCUAUGAAAUCCAAAAAAAGAACAUAAAGAAAAGUUCAGGCAAAUUAAAGACUGUUUUAAAAAUGUUCCACUACACGAAUAAAAAAGACGCUGCCCUCCUGGUCAUGAGUUCAUCAGCUGCUGUUGUUAAUGGCAUCAUACCAAUACUCUAUUCCUGGAUACUUAUAUCAGCGAUUCUAGAUUUGUUCAUUAAAAUAGAAACCGAGGGGAACCCAUAUAACAUCUCCAUGGCUGAAAUGAAUUCCCAGAUCACCAGUAUUGCCUAUCACUUUUUCGAAAUUGGUGCGAUUAAUUUUGUUAGCGGCUUCAUUCAGAUUUGGGCUUCGGAAAAAGCUUCCCGUAGCAUAAUGACCAAAAUAAGAACUGACUAUCUGUCAAAGAUGCUGUUCAUAGACAUUAAAUGGUAUGACGAAUCCAAUGAGCAGUUCAUAAGUAUUGUAUCACACGAUUUACAGAAGAUGAUGUUUUUAUUGGACAGUAAGAUGGCAUCUUUCAUAGAAAUAUUGUCAUAUUUCCUUUUUGGAUGUUUAGCUUCUUUCAUUGUUUCUUGGGAGGUGACAAUUCUGAUCCAUAUACUAAUAAUGGCUACUAUGGUGGUAGUAUAUUUUUUGAUACAACUAGCAAAAAAGAAGGGAAUUAUACGACAAGAGGUCAGUGAAAAAUGUACAAAAAUUGCAUCUGAAGUACUAACGAAUACCCGAACAGUCGUUGCAUAUGGAGGUGAAUAUAAAGAAAUUGAAAGGUACAAGAAUACAUUGAACUUGGCCUAUAAGCAUGGAUUAAAACAAGCUACAGUGGUAUCGUUGAUGAAAGCAUCCAACUAUUUAAUACUAUGCGUUUCCUACAUGCUGAUCUAUUACCUCUCUGUAAGGUUAUUCCUUAUUGAUGAUUUUAUGCCUGGAUACAUAGUCCUUCUUUCAACACAAAUUAUGAUUAUUCUACAAUCUACAUUCAUGUUGAGUACCGUUUCCGAUCUCUUCGUGGCAACAGAUUCGGCUUACAAAGUGAUGCAAUUCCUCGAAACUAAAACCAGCUAUAGCGAAUCUCUCGAAAAAGGUGUUAUACCAAACACAUUUGAAGGCAAUGUAUCUUUUAGAAACGUACAUUUUUCCUAUCCUACAAAUAUACAUACUAAGGUUCUAAAUGAUUUUACAUUGGAUAUCGAAUCUGGCAAAAUCACGGGCGUUGUUGGAACUAGUGGUGCUGGUAAAAGUACUAUUGUAAGCCUUGCAACUCGCCUUUAUGACAUAAGUGGAGGAAAGAUUCUUGUAGAAGGAGUGGACAUCAAUGAACUUAAUAUCAAUUGGCUGAGGGAUCAAAUAGGUGUUGUUGGACAGGAGCCUGUGCUCUUCGAUACCUCUAUAGAGGAGAACAUCAGGUACGGAAAAACUACUGCGACUUUGGAAGAGGUCAUCGAAGCAGCUAAAGUUUCUCAUGCUCAUGAUUUUAUAGAGAAGUUACCAUCGGGCUAUGAUACUGUGGUCGGGGAAGGAGGAACAAAGCUGUCGGGAGGUCAGAAACAGAGAAUAGCCAUUGCCAGGGCAAUAGUCAGAAAACCAAAAUUGUUACUACUUGAUGAAGCCACUUCUGCAUUAGACUCUCAUUCAGAAGGCAUUGUCCAAAAAGCCCUAGAUAAUGCAAUGCAUGGUAGGACAACCCUAAUAAUUGCACAUAGGAUGUCGACAGUGAGAAAGGCUGAUGUUAUUUAUGCUAUGAAGAAUGGUUGUAUUGAAGAAAAAGGCUCACACAGUGAACUGAUGAAGCUUAAAGGAUAUUAUUACUCUCUAGUCAAAGCGGAAGAACAGGAAGAUAAAGAAAAAGCUUUUAACCAAGUGUGUGCUUUUCAAGAGGAUUUGAUCAACGAAGAUGCAUCAUUUGCCGAUGGCGAUAAUGUACAGGUUCCUGAGAUCGUUGGUAAACCCUUCACAAUGAAUAAGAAAAAUCUCAAAAUAAUACUCAUAUUGUUAUUGGCUAUUUUUUCCACUGCUGCUAUUGCAUUAUUCAUUACUGCUUUCUAUUUCGUCCUUAGUAUUUUUUGCGAGUCUUUCACACUUGCUAAGGAUGAACUGAAGUGGAUAGUUCUAAAUAAUGUCGGUAUUAUGAUGGCCCUUGGCGUUCUUGCAUUCAUCUCGGCAGCUUUGUCUAAUAUGAUGUCUACAAAGGUAACUCAACUAUGGUUGGAAAACCUACAAAAUAAAGCUUUUAAUAAAAUAGUUUCUAUGGACAUAGGCUGGUUUGAUAGGAGCGGUAAUUCUCCUAAUGAAUGCCUUGAAGUAUUGACCAACUGUCCUCCUCUCAUUGAAUCAGUGACAGGCGAUAGGGGAGCUCAAGUACUCAGCUUCAUACUCUCUGUACUAUUCGCCUAUGGCUAUUCAUUCGCCAUCACUGUAAGUGUAACAUUGAUUAAUCUGCCACUUCUCAUAAUCUUUUUGAUAAUUAAUAGCUUGAGAAUAAAAUCAAAACUAGGUGAUACUAAGUCCGCUGCCCUCGCAAUCAGAUCUACAAAGGUUGCGACUGAAUACGUUAAAAAUGCCAAAACAAUCCAAUUACUAAAUUGUCAAAAUUAUGUUAUCAACCAGUAUCAGGAUUUGCUUAUGCUUUCCAAUAAGGAGGCCCAUGUAAGCAUAAUUUGGUUUUCAGCAGUUUACGGCACGAAUAAGGCUCUGAUACGAUUGUCAUUGUUUCUAACAUUAACUUUUGGAGCUAAACUCAUUGAGAACCAUGAAGUUACAGGAAUAUUAUUUUUAAGUGUCUUGAAUUCCCUCUGCUUCGCGUCCAUGACAGCUGAACCUGCCUUCGUCUUAAUGAGUCAGUAUCCCCAAGCCAGAGAGGCUCUGAUGAGAUUUUAUAGAAUCGCAACUCUUAAAACAAAUACCAAUAAAUUGAGAGAUCAAGGAGAUAAACCGGAAAUCAGUGGAAACAUUGUUUUCAAAGACGUGAUGUUUUCUUAUCCAACCAGGACUGAAGUGCCAGUCCUUAAAAAUCUGAACCUUGGGAUUGAAGCUGGAACAACUGUGGCUCUUGUGGGAGACUCUGGCUGUGGCAAAUCGACCCUCAUCUCACUUUUAGAGAGAUUCUAUCGUCCCAACUCGGGAAAAAUUCUAAUUGAUGGAAACGACAUCAACAGCAUAAAUACGAGGUAUUUGAGAAGCCAAAUGGGCCUCGUGUCCCAGGAACCAGCUUUAUUUGAUAUGACGAUAAAGGAAAAUAUUCUUUAUGGCCUAGAAGAGGAGGUUGGGAUGGAUAAGGUCAUAGAAGCUGCAAAAAUAGCAAACAUCCACAACUUUAUAAUGAAGCUUCCGCAGGCUUAUGACACUUCAGUAGGAGAAAGGGGUUCGAAUUUAUCUGGUGGCCAGAAGCAGAGAAUUGCAAUCGCCAGGGCUGUUCUCAGGGAUCCCAAGAUACUGCUUUUAGACGAAUUUACUUCUGCACUUGAUACGGAGAGUGAGAAGACAGUGCAGGAAGCGUUGGAAAAAGCUUCAGUUGGCAAGACGACUAUUUUGAUAGCACACCGGCUCUCGACGGUCCGCAAAGCAGACAAGAUAGUCGUUCUUCAUUCUGGUGUUGUCGUAGAGGAAGGAACCCAUCAACAGUUAAUGGAAAAGAAAGGAUACUAUUUCAAUCUGCUAAAUAGAUAGUUAAGCAUUUUUGUUCAAACAAAUCGUCUUGUACAUAUCUCAUAACUUAAACAUAUUUUUAAAUCUCGUAUUAUUUAUAUAUAUAUAUUACGCAAGCAGACGGUAAAUGAUUACUGUUGAAUGUUAUUUAUUACAUUAAUUGAAUGAAAAUGAACAAUUACAAAUACUGACUAAUUUUGUAAAAUAGCAAUCGUUAUCUUCACAAAUGUCUUAAAUGAAAUGGUAUGCCUAAUUUGAACUAAAAAAUAUAUACUUUAAUAAUUAUUUAUCUUUCCAUCUUGGUGUUCACUUGAAACAUUUGUGCAAAUCUAGAUUAGACAUUUUCCCAGUUAUCAAUCCUUUUAUAUUUUUUUACAAAAUCUGUGAUAACAACCGUUGUAACCCAAUGACUUCAUCACUUGUAAUAUAUUUUAAUUAA